UGAUGAACAGAGUCUUAACAUUUUAAGGCAGUAUGAUUUAUUUCUAUAUAUGGUUUCUGGGUUUUUUUGUGACCUAUUUAAGAAAUGAUCGCCUACUCUGAAGUCAUAAGAUAGACUACUGUGUUUUCUUCUAGAAACCUUAUUGUUCUACCCUUCACAUUUAGGCCUGUGGUUCGUCUCAGAUUAAUUUUUGUGUACGUACGAACAGUAGUUUCUUCACUUCAGUGCAGAUUGGUUUAUCAUUUUUUCCUUACGACCCUACUUAAGGAAUCUUUACCUAUCUCAAGGUCAUGAAAAUAGUAAGGGAUUUGAGGUUUUUGCUAACAGUUUUAUUGAGCUACAAUUCCUAUACCCUACAGUUCACCUAUCUAACAGAGAUAAUUCGUGGUCUUUAAUAUAUUCAGAAUUGUGUGACUGUCACCACAAUCAAUUUUAAGAUAUUUUUAUCACCCCAGAAGAAACCCCAUACCCAUUAGCAGUCACUCCCCAGUUCCUUACAACCUCUUCUUCUGUCUGCAUAGGUUUGCCUGUUCUGGCUAGACACUUCAUAAAAAUGGAACCAUAUGACCUUUUGUGUCUGGCUUCUUUCACUUAGCAUCGUGUUUUCAAGGUCCACCCGCGUUGUAGCAGUUGCCAAUACCUCAUUCCUUUUAUGGCUGAAUAAUAUUCCAUUGUACGGAUAGACCAUUUUUGUUUAUCCAUGCAUCACUUGAUGGACAUUUGCGUUGUUUCCACUUUGGGGCUAUUACGAAUAAUACCAGUGUGAAAACAUUAAUGUACCGUUUUUUAUGGGGACAUAUAUUUUUGCCACGCUCAGGAGGAGACCUUUCAUUCUUUUUUUUCUUUUUUAAGUAGGCUCCACACGCAGCAUGGAGCCCAGCAUGGGGCUUGAACUCACAACCCGCGAUCACGACCUGAGCUGAGAUCGAGAGUCAGACACUUAACCGACUGAGCCACCCAGGCGCACCAGAACCUUCAUUCUUAAUCAUAUACGAUGAGAUUCAGUGACAACAUGUCUGUAAAGCCCUGGCAUGUACUAAAUGCUCACACAGUGACAGCCAUUUACAGGCUGUGGUUCUGCCAAUGAUCCUGUGAGUGCCGGGGAGUCACCGCUGCCCCUAGGGGCUCCUGUCGUGGAGUGCCCCCCCCCGCCUGUCCCCAGCAUGGCGUCCGACACCCCCGAGUCCCUGAUGGCCCUCUGCACCGACUUCUGCUUGCGCAACCUGGAUGGCACCUUGGGCUACCUGCUGGACAAGGAGACUCUGCGGCUACAUCCAGACAUCUUCCUACCCAGCGAGAUCUGCGACCGGCUCGUCAAUGAGUAUGUGGAGCUGGUCAACGCCGCCUGCAACUUUGAGCCGCACGAGAGCUUCUUCAGCCUUUUCUCCGACCCCCGCAGCACCCGCCUCACCCGGAUCCACCUCCGUGAGGACCUGGUACAGGACCAGGACCUGGAGGCCAUCCGCAAGCAGGACCUGGUGGAGCUGUACCUGACCAACUGCGAGAAGCUGUCCGCCAAGAGCCUGCAGACGCUGAGGAGCUUCAGCCACACCCUCGUAUCCCUGAGCCUCUUCGGCUGUGCAAACAUUUUCUAUGAGGAGGAGAACCCGGGGGGCUGUGAAGACGAGUGCCUCGUCAAUCCCACCUGCCAGGUGCUGGUCAAGGACUUCACCUUCGAGGGCUUCAGCCGCCUACGCUUCCUCAACUUGGGCCGCAUGAUCGACGGGGUCCCUGUGGAGUCCCUGCUACGGCCUCUCAGCUCACUGGCUGCCUUGGACCUCUCGGGCAUCCAGACGAGCGACGCGGCCUUCCUAACCCAGUGGAAAGACAGCCUGGUGUCCCUUGUGCUCUACAACAUGGACCUGUCAGAUGACCACAUCCGGGUCAUCGUCCAGCUGCACAAGCUGCGACACCUGGACAUCUCCCGAGACCGCCUCUCCAGCUACUACAAGUUCAAGCUGACUCGCAAGGUGCUGAGCCUCUUUGUGCAAAAGCUGGGGAACCUGAUGUCUCUGGACAUCUCUGGCCACAUGAUCCUGGAGAACUGCAGCAUCUCCAAGAUGGACGAGGAGGCAGGGCAGACUAGCAUUGAGCCUUCCAAGAGCAGCAUCAUGCCUUUCCGGGCCCUGAAGAGGCCACUGCAGUUCCUUGGGCUCUUCGAGACCUCCCUGUGCCGCCUCACACACAUUCCCGCCUACAAAGUAAGUGGUGACAAAAAUGAGGAGCAGGUGCUGAAUGCCAUCGAGGCCUACACGGAGCACAGGCCUGAGAUCACCUCACGGGCCAUCAACCUGCUUUUUGACAUCGCACGCAUCGAGCGCUGCAACCAGCUUCUGCGGGCCCUGAAGCUGGUCAUCACGGCCCUCAAGUGCCACAAGUAUGACAAGAACAUUCAAGUCACAGGCAGCGCUGCCCUCUUCUACCUGACCAAUUCUGAGUACCGCUCUGAGCAGAGCAUCAAGCUGCGCCGACAGGUCAUCCAGGUGGUGCUGAACGGCAUGGAGUCCUACCAGGAGGUGACGGUCCAGCGGAACUGCUGCUUGACUCUCUGUAACUUCAGCAUCCCCGAGGAGCUAGAAUUCCAGUACCGCCGGGUCAACGAGCUCCUUCUCAGUAUCCUCAACCCCACGCGGCAGGACGAGUCCAUCCAGCGUAUCGCCGUGCACCUGUGCAACGCCCUGGUCUGCCAGGUGGACAACGACCACAAGGAGGCCGUGGGCAAGAUGGGCUUUGUUGUGACCAUGCUGAAGCUGAUUCAGAAGAAGCUGCUAGACAAGAUAUGUGACCAGGUGAUGGAGUUCUCCUGGAGUGCCCUGUGGAACAUCACGGACGAGACGCCGGACAACUGCGAGAUGUUCCUCAACUUCAAUGGCAUGAAGCUCUUCCUGGACUGCCUGAAGGAAUUCCCAGAGAAGCAGGAACUGCAUCGGAAUAUGCUAGGACUCUUGGGGAAUGUGGCAGAGGUGAAGGAGCUGCGGCCCCAACUAAUGACUUCCCAAUUUAUCAGUGUCUUCAGCAACCUGCUGGAGAGCAAAGCUGACGGAAUUGAGGUUUCGUACAAUGCCUGCGGUGUCCUCUCCCACAUCAUGUUCGACGGGCCUGAGGCGUGGGGCAUCUGUGAACCCCAGCGGGAGGAGGUGGAGGAACGCAUGUGGGCAGCCAUCCAGAGCUGGGACAUCAACUCACGGAGAAAUAUCAAUUACAGGUCGUUUGAGCCAAUUCUUCGUCUCCUUCCCCAGGGCAUCUCCCCUGUCAGCCAGCACUGGGCCACCUGGGCCCUGUACAACCUUGUGUCUGUCUACCCGGACAAGUACUGCCCCCUGCUGAUCAAAGAAGGGGGGCUGCCCCUUCUGAAGGACAUGAUCAAGAUGGCCACCGCUCGGCAGGAGACGAAGGAAAUGGCCCGCAAGGUGAUUGAGCACUGCAGUAACUUUAAAGAGGAGAACAUGGACACGUCCAGAUAGAGGCCUCCGUCCCCACGGCCGCCACUGCUCUGGACCACGAGGCCAGGAGGAAGCUCUCAAGCAGCCCAGCGGGCAGACCCCCACCGGGGAGCCUUCCGCUGGAUGAAGGGACACAGGGGGACUUUUGCACAACCGACGCUUUUCCUUAACAUUAGUGAGAUAUAUAUAUUAUAUAUAUAUUAUAUAUAUAUAUAUUAUUUUUUUUGGUUAGGAAGUGUGAAGUUUUGUGUGUAUGAUUUCUGUACAAAAACAAAAGAAACACUCCUUGAGUCCUCGCAGCUUCCUUGGCCAUUCUCAAGCCCCAACUCCAAGCCUUCAUCGCUGCCACUCACUCCUGCCCCCCACCCCCGACUAAAUGCCUCUAACGUUGUGAGAGUCCAGUCCUUUCCCAGUGACCUCAGACCCUGGCCUCACUUCCCAUUAGGAGAGGCAGCAGGCUUUUAACAGCCCACUCUAGCACCCCAACCCAUCCCCCAAAGCCUGAGAACCCCCUCUGGGCUCCUGGGUGUGGCUGAUGGCGUUCGGGAUGAAAACUAGCCCCACUGGGUCUCCCAAAUGCCUUGGUGCUCCCGGCCGUGGGCCAUCUGGGGCGAGGAAGCGAGUGCUCAGGCCCAGGCAGCCCCGGCCCCAGAGGACCCUCAGGAGUGGGGCUCACAGCGGCCCCGCUGUUCUCUGGCCGGGCCUGCCUGAGGCCACGCUGCUACGGAGGCUGCCUCCUGGUCUCCCACCAGGUCCCAGGCUAGUGAAGGCCCCAGCCCAGGGCUGGUCAGAACUCCGGCAGAUUCCACUGCCUCUUCUGCCAAACAGAUUCAGCACCUGCCCCAGCCCUGGAAGCCAGCACCUCUGGGACCGGGGCUUGCCCCUCACUCCCCAGCCCUUCGCCUGCCCGCAGUACCCAUGGUGCCCAGGCACCCCACCAGCAGAACUGAGCCGGCCUCACUCGCCUCCCCCACCCGGCCUGCCCCGCUGCCUGGAGGACCCCACCUGUCUCUCUGUGAGGCAGGAGGUCCCCACUCCAGCCGGACCCGCAGCAACAGCUAACUGCCUCCAGACCAGCACCGGGCACAGCCUGCAGUGGCCCCGCGUGGCCCUUCCGAGCCUCUCCUCCCUGUCCCCAGGCUUUACCUCGGGAACCUCUGUGCCGUGUUUCAGAGAAGUGUGAGCCGCAAAUGUAUCUCGAAAUAUCUUGUGGUCCUCCCUUGAUGUAACUCCGAAUUGCUUCUCGUGAGACAGGCAGUGGUAAGGAUGCCCUUCCAGAACAAGGCGCUGGGGGAGCAGGGCCGACUCUGCAGGCUUCCCUUUGGGGAUGACCUUUCUUCCUUCCUCCUUCCCUGGGCCUGUUUUUGGAUUCUUCUAGCAUUUCUGCCUCCAGGCAGGACAGGCUGGAUGAGCAGCCCCCGGGAGAGGCACCGGCCUCCCCUGAAGUCUGUCCCUGCCAGCCCCGGGAAGGGGCCGGCUGCCCCGCGCUCCCCCAGCUCGGCAAACAGGCCACAUCUGCCCCUCCCUCCAUGCUCACAUGGCCUGAGCCAGACCCUGGGCAGAGCUCACAUUGCAUUGCUUUACCACCUGGGGCCUGAGUAAAUGUCUGUACUUUGGGAUGUCACAGAAAUACAUUUUUGUGCAAAGUG